UCCCGGGAGGGUUAAUCCCCAAUCCGGGGCCACCGGGAGCCGCGGGCGACCGGAGCUGCGCAGCCAUGGACAUCGGUGGCCUGGAGACGGUGGUGGCCAACUCCGCCUAUGUCUCUGCCCGCGGCGGCCCCGGCGGCGCCUCCUCCCGCGACCGCCGUCAGCGCAACCGCCUGCGCCUGCCCCACAUCUCGCAGUGCCACGAGCUGCGGGCGCGCCUGGCGGGGGAACGGCCCCCCAACGCCCCGAGAGCGCCCCAAAACGGCGCUCCAACCGGCGGGAAAACGGCUUUGAGCGGAGGGAAAGGGGCACAAAAUGGCGGCGUCGAGGCUCAAAACGGCGGGAAAACGGCUUUGAGCGGAGGCAAAGGGGCACAAAAUGGCGGCGUCGAGGCUCAAAAUGGCGGCGAAAUGGCGGCCGCGGAGGGCCUUGCGGCCUGGGAGGCGUCGUUCCGCGGGCAGUGCGUGGAGCAGCCGAUCGGGAAACUGCUGUUCCGUCAGUUCCUGAGCCACGAGGAGGCGCUGGCGGCGCCGGCGGCGCUCUGGGCGGGGCUGGAGGAGCUCGAGAGCUGCGAGAGGGACCAACGGGGCCGUCUGGCGCAGCAGCUGCGGGAGAAGCACCUGGAGCCCCGCGGGAGCCUCCCCUGCGCCUUCCUCAGCCCCCGCGCCCGCGCAGCGGCGGCGGAGGACGACUUUGCGGCGGCGGGGCGGGAGGUCCUGGCGCACCUGGAGGCGGUGGCGUGGGCGCCGUUCCGGCGGUCGCUGGAGUUCGGGCGGUUCCUGCAGUUCAAGUGGUUGGAGGCGCAGCCGGUGGGCGCCGACGCCUUCGUGGACUUCCGCGUGUUGGGCAAAGGCGGCUUCGGCGAGGUGUGCGCCUGCCAGCGCCGCGCCACCGGCAAGAUGUACGCCAACAAGCGCCUCAGCAAGAAGCGCCUCAAGAAGAGGAACGGCUACGAGGCGGCGCUGGUGGAGAAGCGGAUCCUGGCGCGGGUCCACAGCCGCUUCGUCGUCUCCUUGGCGUGCGCCUUCCAGACCAAAACCGACCUCUGCCUCGUCAUGACCCUCAUGAACGGCGGAGACCUCAGGUUCCACAUCUACAACGUGGACGAGGAGCACCCGGGCUUCGCCGAGCCCCGCGCGGUCUUCUACGCAGCGCAGAUCCUGCUGGGCCUCGAGCACCUCCACCGCCACCGCAUCGUCUACCGCGACCUCAAACCCGAGAACGUCCUCCUCGACGACCACGGUCACGUCCGUCUGUCCGAUAUGGGUUUGGCGGUGGAGCUGAAGGACGGAGAGAGCAAAACCCGCGGCUACGCCGGAACCCCGGGGUUUAUGGCGCCCGAGGUGCUGCGCGACGAAGAGUACGAUUGGGCCGUGGACUACUUCACGCUGGGGGUGACGCUCUACGAGAUGCUGGAGGCCAAAGGGCCCUUCCGCCAACGGGGGGAGAAGGUGGAGAACAAGGAGGUGACGCGGCGCAUCCUCCACGACCCCGUCAGCUACUCGGAGCGGUUCAGCGCAGCGGCGAAGGCCACCUGCGAGGGUCUCCUGGCCAAGGACGCCAACGUCCGCCUCAGCUUCCGCGGCAGCGACUGCGCUCAGGUGAAGGCGCAACCGCUCUUCGCGGAGAUCAACUGGGGGCGCCUCGAGGCCUGGUGCCGCCGCCCUUCGUGCCGGACCCGCGCCGCGUUUACGCCAAAGACCUGGCGGACGUCGGGGCCUUCUCCACGGUCCGAGGGGUGGAGUUGGACGCCACGGACGCGGCGGUGGGCGACGCCUUCGCCUCGGGGACCGUCGCCAUCCCCUGGCAGGAGGAGCUCAUCGAAACCGGCGUCUUCCAGGAGCUCAACGUUUGGGGGGCGCCCGGCACCGUCCCCCCCGACCUCGACCCCAGCGCCGCGCCCGCGCCCGGGGGGCCGCGCUCGGCCACCUGCGGCCUCCUCUGAGCCCCCUCUGAGCCCCCUCUGAGCCCCCUCUGAGCCCCCUCUGAGCCCCCGCGAGCUCCCAAGAGGGGGGUCCUCAACUUGGGGGGGGAGAAAUGGGGGUUCUUCAACCGGAGGGGCUCAAAAUUGGGGUUCCUCAAGUUGAGGAGCUCAAAAAUGGGCAUUCCUCAAGUUGGGAGGCUCGAAAAUGGGGGUUCCUCCACUUGGGGGGCUCAAAACUUGGGGUUCCUCAAGUUUGGGGGCUCAAAAAUGGGCAUUCCUCAAGUUGAGGGACUCGAAAAUGGGGGUUCCUCCACUUGGGGGACUCAAAAGUUGGGGUUCCUCAAGCUGAGGGGGGAGAAAUGGGGGUUUCUCAACCGGAGGGGCUCCAAAGUUGGGGUUCCUCAAGUUGGGGGGCUCGAAAAUGGGGGUUCCUCAACUUGAGGGGUGAGAAAUGGAGGUUCCUCCACUCGGGGGAGCUCCAAAGUUGGGGUUCCUCAAGUUGGGGGGCUCAAAAAUGGGGGUUCCUCCACUUGAGGGG